AUGAAAGAAGGAGAAGCCGCAGCCUUCCGGACCGAUUGGCUAGAGAAUAGGGUCGAUGCUCAACAGUUAGGGCUCGACAUCACACACACGUACGGAAGUUGGCCAUACUUUGCCGAUAAGAUGGAAGAAAGGUUCAAGGACAGUUUUGAAAAAGAAACUGCCAAGAAUGAAAUAUUGACCCUAAAGCAGGGCAAUGAAACCGCCAAAGCCUUUUUUGAAAGGUUUGAAGAAAAGAAAAGAUGGAGAAACAUGAAUAAACUGCUAGUAGACAGAGUAAUCUACGGUGGACACAUUCCUAGAGAUUACCAGGAAUGGAAGAGAGAACUCAUCUGA